GGAUGGAUGGAGGAGGUGGAGGCUUGAUAAAGUAAGUCACAGCAGCUCACACUCUCACUUCUGUCCUGGCCCCCCUCCCCACAUCCCAGCAGGCCCUGCACUGCCACGUGUGAGUCGGUGUCAUAGUGUAGUUGCUCGUCCACAGUGCCACCUGCAGCCAUGUGUGAUGAUGAAGAAAGCACCGCUCUGGUCUGUGAUAAUGGAUCUGGUCUCUGUAAGGCCGGGUUCGCCGGAGACGACGCCCCCAGAGCCGUCUUCCCCUCCAUCGUGGGCCGGCCCAGGCACCAGGGCGUGAUGGUGGGCAUGGGGCAGAAGGACAGCUAUGUUGGUGACGAGGCUCAGAGCAAGAGAGGAAUCCUGACCCUGAAGUACCCCAUCGAACACGGCAUCAUCACCAACUGGGACGACAUGGAGAAGAUCUGGCAUCACUCGUUCUACAACGAGCUACGAGUGGCUCCGGAGGAACAUCCCACCCUGCUGACCGAAGCUCCACUCAACCCUAAAGCCAACAGGGAGAAGAUGACACAGAUCAUGUUCGAGACCUUCAAUGUUCCUGCCAUGUAUGUGGCCAUCCAGGCCGUCCUGUCGCUGUACGCCUCUGGACGAACUACAGGUAUUGUGCUGGACUCCGGUGAUGGUGUCACCCACAAUGUGCCGAUCUAUGAGGGUUACGCUCUGCCUCAUGCCAUCAUGAGGUUGGACCUGGCCGGACGAGACCUCACCGACUACCUCAUGAAGAUCCUGACAGAGCGAGGCUACAGCUUCGUCACCACCGCGGAGAGGGAGAUUGUGCGGGACAUUAAGGAGAAGCUGUGCUAUGUGGCUCUGGACUUCGAGAACGAGAUGGGGACUGCGGCCACCUCAUCCUCUCUGGAGAAGAGCUACGAGCUUCCUGAUGGUCAGGUCAUCACCAUCGGAAACGAAAGGUUCCGCUGCCCUGAGAAGCUCUUCCAGCCCUCCUUCAUCGGUAUGGAGUCAGCUGGCAUUCAUGAGACGACCUACAACAGCAUCAUGAAGUGUGACAUCGACAUCCGUAAAGACCUAUACGCCAACAAUGUGCUGUCUGGAGGAACCACCAUGUACCCAGGGAUUGCUGACCGCAUGCAGAAGGAGAUCACCGCCCUGGCCCCCAGCACCAUGAAAAUCAAGAUCAUCGCCCCCCCAGAGAGGAAGUACUCUGUGUGGAUUGGUGGCUCCCUCCUAGCCUCCCUCUCAACCUUCCAGCAGAUGUGGAUCAGCAAGCAAGAGUACGACGAGGCCGGACCCUCCAUUGUCCACCGCAAGUGCUUCUAAAAGAUCCAUCAGGGUCUUCACGCUCCAUCAGCCCCCCAGUUUCUAUGUUCAGCACCAUCUUUAUUUUAACCCUCACUGAGCAUGAACCAACAGGCCCCAUGUCAGCUCCCAAAAACAUUCACACAGCGACAACAGCAGUAGGAAGUCGGGCAUGGUUUUUGGUAUUUAGAAGUCCCCUCCUAGUUAGAAAAUUAACAUCUGGAAAAAGGGAAAUCAUGUUUUGUAAAUCCUGGUUGUUUUUGGUGACCUGAACCAUUCAGAACUUCCAUUAGAAAACCAUCAGGUUUUCAGCUCCUCCCACUCUGCUCACCUUAAAACUGUGAAUGUGCCUCUUGUCCCCCCCCACCUGCCCUCACUCCAGCUGUGGCCCCGCCCACUGCAUCCUUCUUGUUGGUACAGUUUCUGGUCCAAAGGUGUGGUUUUAUUUUUGAUGAAUAAAGCUUGAAUGUUUCCCACUGGUGUCAUCUUCUCUUGUUAAGGAGUAAACAUAGUGUUACAAUGAUGUCACACGGUGUGUGGAGCAGGAGGUCGGACCUGCACCAGAAAGGUGGAGAAGUUUAAAGAUGGGAAACUGUGUCAUGUGACUUCAACAACACAGAAGUGACAGGAAGACAAUAAAAAGCUCUCGUACAAGA